CAUUCCCGCAUUGGCUGUGCAGCCAACUCCAAGGCGCUUUGCGGGACUCCAGAGCCGAACAUGGGGUGCAGUUUUGUCAACGUCUGCCUAAAGACACUUUGAAGAAUCCGAAAGUAUGCAAGAUUCCUGCUGAAGAAGGAACAAUGUGUCGGUUUCUGUGAAGAUUUCACUCAUCUCCAUCCGCCUGCUUGCCAGAAAAGUUGAGAGAGAGAAAAAGAAAGAAAGGAGAGAGCGAGAGCGAGAGAGAGAGAGAGACGGGAGGCUUUUACUGGAAACUUUCUCAGUCCCUGGAUCCUCUGAGCUCUUCCAAGGACUCCAGUCAGGGAGUUUCAUGCUGAAUAUUUCUCCUCUACCCUGAGGUCCAGGCUGUAAGGGGAGCAGUCGGUCUCUGAGCUCCAAUGCCAGUGGACAUGCAGCCACAUCAGGGGCUGUAUUACUAUGAGACCUCACCCAGCCAGCCCUCCAGAGGCAUUGUGCCGUCGGACCAGUCUCCCUAUAGCGAUGUGUCUCCCCGCCGAGUCCCGCACCUCGACGUUCCUCCUCAGGACUGCCACACUAUGUACAAUCCCAUGACUCCCAGUAUGGCUCAUGGAUCUGGAUCAGGUCCGGUUCAGGGAAACAGCCACUGCUUGGAUCAAUACAUGAGGCCUCCUCAGGCCCCUCCACCACACAGUAUGAUGGGCCACAGGGGCAUGCCUCCCACAGAGGGUAGCAAUAGCGCCCCCUACUGCAGCCAGAAUAACAUGAUGUCUUCGCAUCCCAACUUCUGUCAGCUUCAGCCCAGCUCUGAGCAGAUCGGCUCUGGUGACGGCUCAAGGUUCUCCACACCUCGCUCUAUGUUGAAGCUGAGUAAAAAGAGAGCCCUGUCCAUCUCACCUCUGUCUGAUGCCAGUGUAGACCUGCAGACGGUCAUUCGGACCUCGCCCAACUCGCUCGUGGCCUUCGUUAACUCUCGCUGUAACCCCAAUGGAGCCAGCUCCUAUGGCCAUCUGUCUGUGAGCGCCAUGAGUCCAUCUCUGAAUUAUUCCAGCAACAUUAACUGCCACUCCAGACAACAAGGGUCCAUAUACGGAGGAAACGGUGGCACACCUAUGGGUGUUCACACACCAGGUCCCUGCCAAGCGUCCCGUUUACCACCCCACAAUCCCCGACUCCUCGUUCCACCUAAGCAUGGACAUCAGCUGAAAACAGAGCCAGGUCUGGUAGGUGUGAUGGACGGCAUGAAUGUAAAGAACCUGGAGGAAAGGUCAGAGGGAGAUGUAGCCAGUCCUUCCUCCACUGGCACUCAGCAGGAUCAUCUGAUUGGCUUGCUGGAUGGCAGAGACGACUUGGACAAGGAGGACGGGAAGCCGGAGCCAGAAGCCAUCUAUGAGACCAACUGUCACUGGGAGAGCUGCAACAAGGAGUUUGACACACAAGACCAACUUGUUCAUCACAUAAACAACGAGCACAUCCACGGAGAGAAGAAGGAAUUUGUCUGUCAUUGGCAGGAGUGUUCUCGAGAGCAGAGACCUUUUAAAGCUCAGUACAUGCUCGUGGUUCACAUGCGCAGACACACAGGAGAGAAGCCACACAAGUGCACUUUUGAAGGCUGUAAUAAAGCCUACUCUCGCCUGGAGAAUUUAAAGACCCACUUGCGCUCUCACACCGGGGAGAAACCAUAUGUAUGCGAACAUGAAGGGUGCAAUAAAGCCUUCUCCAACGCUUCAGACCGGGCCAAACACCAGAACCGAACUCAUUCCAAUGAGAAACCUUAUGUUUGUAAGAUCCCUGGUUGCACUAAGCGAUACACAGAUCCAAGCUCUUUGCGUAAGCACGUGAAAACAGUACAUGGCCCUGAAGCCCAUAUCACCAAGAAGCAUCGUGGAGACACAGGCCCACGACCCCCUGGUUCAGCCCUGACCCCUGGAGGCCAAACAUCGGAGCUGCUCCUAGAAAAGGAGGAGACAUGCAGAGAAGACUGCAAAUUGUUGGCACCUGAGACUGCCCUGAAGUCCCAGCCAAGUCCUGGUGCUCAGUCGUCUUGCAGCAGCGAACGUUCUCCAUUGGGGAGCACCAAUAACAAUGACAGUGGAGUGGAAAUGAACCUAAAUGCAGCCGGAAGCUUGGAUGAUCUCACAGUAUUAGAGGAUGGAGUUGCAGGUGGAGGAGGAGGUGGAGGAGCGGAGCCAGGAACAAUGGCAAUGUCUGCGCAGGCUCUGAAGCGUCUGGAGAACUUGAAGAUUGACAAGCUAAAGCAAAUUCGAAGGCCGACUCCUCCUGGCCGCUGUGCUAGUAACAAACUUCCUGCCAUUUCUGGUUCAGGGGACAACAUGGGAAUGUGUGCGCCUUCUCCACUUAAUCGACGAGUAAUGGAGCUGUCCAACCAUGAGCUCGGACCUGGAAAUAUAGCAAACUCUACUAAUGACAGGAGAGGAAGUGGCACAAGCAGCCUAAGCUCAGCAUACACAGUGAGCCGUCGCUCCUCUAUGGCAUCCCCUUACCUAUCCAGCAGACGCUCCAGUGAUGUCUCACAAAUAGGAGGAACAGCAGGGGGCGGAUGUCACCUUCUGAGUCCAGAACAAGCUGGAGGAGACCCUCUUUCACCUGAAACCUAUCGUAGAGGAGCUCCAUGUCCCGGUGGUGGAGGGUUACCAGGUCUCCCCAACCUAACACCUGCUCAGCACUACAGCCUGAAGGCCAAAUAUGCUGCAGCCACUGGCGGACCUCCACCUACUCCUUUACCUAACAUGGAGCAGCCCGGUACACCAGUAAGAAGGGGGGGUCCUUUGAGUGAGUACCAAGGGCAGCCUUUACCUCCUUUCCUUCAGCAAGGAGGUCCUCGGCGGCACAGUGCCAACACAGAAUACGGUACUGGAGUUAUCUACCCUCACCAGGCUCCAGGUAACAACACCAGGCGGGCCAGUGAUCCGGUUCGGUCAGUAGCAGACCCACAAACUCUACCCAAACGCUUUAACAGCCUCAAUAAUGUGGCCAUGAUGGGCCGCAGAAAUGCACUACAACUUCGUAGCUCUGACACAGGUCUUUCCCACCACAUAUACUCCCCACGUCCACCUAGCAUCACAGAAAAUGUAAUGAUGGAAGCUAUGGGUAUGGAGCCCCAUCUCAACGCUGUUGAUGCCAGAGAUCGUUCCAUGAUGAUGACCCCUGUAGAGAGAAACUUUAUGAGUUUCCAGCAACAGAAUCAGACAAUGGGAGGUGGAGGUCCACUUCCAAACCAGCUGUCCCCAAGCCAUGACUCUCUAGGCUGCCCGGAUCCCGCUUACAUGCAGCGGCAUUUCCAGGGACACGGAGGAGAAGUCAUAUCCAGAGCCAGUGGGAAUCCAUUAACUCAAGCAAGAUCUACACAGCCAGAUGGAAUGUCAAAUACUCUUCUCCAACAGGCUGAAUAUGGCAUGAGCACCUGCCAGCUAAGUCCUUCUACCCCCCAUUACCCAGGCAUAGGUCAGGGCAGUGACAGCAGGGGUCCUUGGAGUGACAACCACAACCAAAUCCAAACUUCAACCCAUGCAAUUCAGAACCAGCAACCGGUGCGGUUCUCGGAUUCCAGUUUGCAGUCUCAACAAACACAAACUCACUUCAACAAUCAGACAGCCCUCUACAACAAUUCUGAUGGCACUCACAAACCUUUCAUCAAGCCUGAGCAACAGUUUCACCCUGGUAUGGGUGGUGGAGAUGCCUGUCAGAGUGCGAAGCUCCAACAGCAACGAAUCAUCCUGCAGCAAACACAGACUUACCCCCAACAGAGUGGUCAACUGUUGAGGAACUCUGGCCACCCAAGCUGUGAUUUUCAAGGGCAGAACCCAGGUUCGUACACUAGUGGAGGUGGGUUAAGUUUGGGCUGUGCCAAUUCUGCGCUGUCAGAAGGCCAAAGGUCAGAAACCCCAAUGAUGCAAGUGAAGGAGAUGAUGGUGAGGAAUUAUGUGCAGUCUCAGCAAGCACUCAUGUGGGAGCAGCAACAAGAGCAAGAGCAACAGAGUGGAAUAAAGCCACCUUCUCUUUCUGACAACAUGGGUUUGAAUGCUCAAGCAACAAUGAUGCAACACAGCCCAGAGCACCAGAAUCAGAACCUAUAUCCCAACCAGAUGUAUCCCUCUUACCCGGAACAUAAUCUGGUCAUGAGCCCUGCUGCCAACAGCCGAGGAUCCACCUCAGUUACACCUAAAGAUCAGCACCUGACAGGUCUCCAGGGUACAUGCUAUAAUCAGGAAAUGGUUGUGCCCAGGCCACCUCAGGGACGCAAGCCUCUCAGCCGCCAGAAUAGUCUGCCACAGGUAGGAGGGGGUUACCUUGGCGGCUCCCCCCACCUGAGCCCUGUACACUCCAUUUCCAGCCCCAGACGAGGGGUGCGACUUCCACCUGUGCAGCAUCCACAGCACCCUCAAAAUGAAAUGUUUUCUCCUACCAACAACAACAUGUACUAUACAGGUCAGAUAAAUAUGAAUAUGGAAAAACACAGGGAUCCCCAGAAUGGACCUUGCAUUAAUCAGCCGACCAAUAUGGGACCGCCAAACCUGGACCCAGCAGGUGACACCAAGUCUACCCCUAUGGCUCCCUAUCCGGAGUCUAGUCCCAUCUCGAAUGCCUUAGAAAACCUGGACUUGGAGAAUGCUCGCAUUGACUUUACUUCCAUCAUUGAUGAAGCUGAUUCUUCCUCAUUUAGUCCAGUCAACAAUCCUCUUCAAGGUCUUCCAGGAUCAUCGUCCCAGGCUUCGUCACGCCUCACCACCCCACAAACGUCCGUCAGCCUGGCUCCAGGCACUGGCCUGUCCAACAUGGCUGUGGGUGACAUGACAUCCAUGCUUACCUCACUGGCUGGGGAAAAUAAGUACCUGAACACUCUGUCUUAGGGGACUCUGGAGCACCUUAGCAUGCAUUAGCUAUAGACGAGCAAUAAACACUUGCCUUUGCCUUGUUUUUGUUUUUCAAAAUCAGAUUCUGUCACUUUGAGGGAUUUUGACUGAAGGUUUAGCCAGACCAGAAAGACUGUAAAGUGGAACUGUUCAUAAAAUGGUUCAAUACUACUAAAACCAGCAAUAACUUACUGGAGACUCAUGUAAAAAGAUUUGAUAAUGUAGUCUAAUAGGUUUUGGGGGCAAGUUGAGGCAAAGCUACUAAUACAGUCUAAUCACGUUUAAAAAAUAUAUGCAAACCACCAUCAAAAACCUUAAAACCAAAGCUGCCGGCUUUUCCCCAUUUGUAAUUUCUCCCCUGCUGCCUUGGUAUGGUUUUUCUGUGCCUUAGUGUAAGACAAAACUAUUUUUUGAUUUGAACAUAGGAUGCUGAACAGUUUUUACCAAUCGAAAAGGGCUUUGGCAACAGUGGAGCAAAGAAGGAUUUAUGUAAAUGUUAUAUAUAUAUAUAUAUAUAUAUAUAUAUAUAUAUAUAUAUAUAUAUAUAUAUAUAUAUA